AUGAAGGAUAGAAGACUCACAGCUCUCAGUUCACAUCAGUCCAGACUUAAGGAUUCAGGAAUAAAAUUACAAAAUAUAAUGAAAGAAAACAAGAAAAUAUUGAGGUCCAAUAAAGUAUCUGAUGCUAGGAGCUACAAAUCAGAAUUAAAAGAAUUCAGGGAUAUUCCAAUAGAUGUUGAUAUAGAUAUGCCUUCCUUAAAUAGCAACACAGUUCAGGGGAGAGAACUCAGCAUAGAAUUAGGAGAAUACAAGGCUACACUGACACAGACUCCCAUAUCCAGUCUGACAGAUGAAGUGUCCAUUUUAUCAGAUAGAAAAUUUUUGGACAAAGCUAAUGUUAUUGCUAGGAUUCCGUCUGGAAUAAAGCCUUUAGGUCCCAUUUUGUGUACACGAACCAAUGAAGCUUGGGCUUGUGGUAAAGACAAAUUCAUAAGACGUUUUGACUUACGUGGAUCUUUGAAGGACAAGGUCGCCACCGACUGUAAAUCGAAUCCGACUGACAUUUCAAUGACCAGACAGGGAGAACUGAUUUACAGUGAUUAUGACAGCAGAACAGUGAAUAUGUUCAGACAGAGGAGGAUAGAGACACUGAUUACUCUACCUCGGGGAUGGCAUCCAUGUUUACUGUUUCUUACGAGAUCAGAAGAUGUACUUGUUAGCAUGCAUACUGCUGAUAGAAGUCAUUACAAAAUAGUCCGUUAUCAUGGACAGAGAGCAAUACAAAAAAUAGAGAAAGAUAACCUCGGACAAUAUAUAUUCAAAGGUGGGAAAGUAGGGGUUUGUGUGGUGGAGAAUAAUAAUGGGGACAUAUGUGCUUCUGAUCUGAAUGCCAAUACAGUGAUAGUGAUGAACAGAAGAGGGAGAGUCCGAUUCCGUUAUGAUGGUACACCAGCCAGGAGGAUUAGACAAUUCAAACCUGCGCACAUUGCUGUCGACUCACUGAGUCAGAUUAUUAUAAAUGACUUUAAUAACGGCUGUCUUCAAAUCCUAAAUCUGAAUGGACAGUUUCUAAGAUGCAUUGCCGAUUUUGGACUUCAAUAUCCUGUUCGACUGAAUGUGGACAGGGAGGGAAGAUUGUGGAUUACCCUCUGGGCACCUGUCCAUUGUGUUGGUGAGGAUAUGCCUCUACCAUUUCAUUCUCAGGACAACUUUUUGCCACCCAUUUUGAAAGACGUUCAGUUACAGCCUCGAUUUAAACAAACUUCUAAAAAACCUGGUAGGAUUCCAAACCCCCAUUUUAAAAAACCAACAGAUGAUGAAAUGAGGAAUCUUCUUCCCAAUGACUCAGGAUCAUCUCAAGUCUCCUCAGUACCUGUUUCCUUGCCUGGACCAUCUGUGGCACCAUAUCCUCCCCUAAGACUGGUCCCCCAAACAACGAACGCACUACCUACACAGCCACCACAACAAAGUGUAUUUAGUGUUGGAACUGGAUUGGGACAGCCAACAUGGAUGAGAGUACCACCCUCUAUGAUUGGAAGGAGGAUUGUUACCACCAUUAAUGGCAGGAAGCAGGUCAUUGUCUUCACAAAUGGAGGAGGAAAUGAACAAUCUCAGAAUCUAAAAGACAUUAUCAAGGAGUCUCAAAUUAUUAAUAGCAGAAGACAGGCACCCAAUCUGAAGAAAAUCCUAACCAGAGCAAGAUUUGCAACAAACAAUGCCAAAGUCGUCAAAAAGGGCCGUGACCCACGUUGUGGAACAUGUGAAUAUCUGGAGGAGUGA